AAAAUAAAAUAUGGAAACUGUAACUUUGACGGGAUUACUGAACAAGGCUGCGGCGGACUUCCCAAACCGGAGAGCCUUGUCUCUUUCCGGUAAAUUCGAUUUAACGCAUGCUCAAUUACAACACCUCAUCGAUCACGCCGCCUCUCUCCUCAUCGCCUCCGGCAUCCUCCCCGGCGAUGUCGUUGCUCUUACUUUCCCAAACACUGUCGAGCUUGUGAUAAUGUUCUUGGCUGUAAUCCGCUGCCGAGCAACAGCCGCGCCGUUAAACCCAGCUUACACGGCUGAGGAGUUCGAGUUCUACCUUUCCGAUUCAGAAUCCAAGCUUUUAUUAAUCCCAGCCGAAGGCAUCAAGCCGGCUGAAGCCGCGGCUUCCAAGUUGAACAUCCCUCUCGUAUCCGCCACCCUCCACGAUGAAAAUUCCAUAAUCACUCUCUCCUCCAACCCCGACUCAAAUCUUGAUUUGGUCCAUCAACUCGUAAACGACUCUUCUGACGUGGCUCUUUUCCUCCACACUUCCGGAACCACCAGUCGUCCCAAGGGUGUCCCCUUGACUCAGCUCAAUCUGGGGACAUCGGUUUUGAACAUCAAAUCGGUCUAUGAACUCACCGAGUCAGACUCCACCGUCAUUGUGCUCCCGUUGUUCCACGUACACGGUUUGCUAGCUGGCUUACUGAGUUCCCUCGUUUCCGGAGCCGCCGUCACCCUACCAGCCGCAGGGAGAUUUUCAGCAUCGACAUUUUGGACGGACAUGAUUAAAUACAAUGCAACAUGGUACACUGCCGUCCCCACGAUACACCAGAUCAUACUUGACCGCCACGAGAGCAAGCCUGAGGCGGAGUACCCAAAGUUAAGGUUCAUCAGGAGCUGCAGCGCAUCUUUAGCGCCGAGUAUCUUGGAACGGUUAGAGGCGGCAUUCGGCGCACCCGUACUCGAGGCUUACGCCAUGACCGAGGCUUCCCAUCUCAUGGCUUCGAACCCCUUACCGACCAGUGGCCCACAUAAGCCCGGGUCGGUCGGGAAGCCUGUGGGUCAAGAAAUGGCGAUUCUGAAUGAACAAGGGGAGGUUCAGCCGCCUAAUUCCAAUGGAGAAGUUUGCAUUAGGGGAUUGAACGUGACAAAAGGAUACAAGAACAACCCCGAGGCAAAUAAAUCAGCAUUCCAAUUCGGUUGGUUCCAUACCGGGGAUAUCGGGUAUUUAGAUUCGGAUGGAUACCUGCACCUUGUUGGUCGGAUCAAGGAGCUCAUCAACCGUGGAGGUGAGAAAAUUUCACCGAUUGAGGUAGACGCAGUGCUAUUGGGUCACCCCAAUGUAGCACAGGCAGUUGCCUUUGGAGUGCCCGAUGAGAAAUACGGUGAAGAGAUAAAUUGUGCGGUGAUUCCAAGGGAAGGAGUAAGGCUGGAAGAGGCAGAUAUCAGGGAAUAUUGCAAGAAGAAUGUAGCGAGUUUCAAGGUGCCCAAAAAGGUUUUCGUCACUGAUUUUCUGCCAAAGACGGCAACCGGCAAAAUCCAGCGGAGGAUUGUGGCAGAGCAUUUCUUGGCUCAAGAGUCUGCCGCUAAAGUUCCCAAAUUUGGAGCUUAAAUUACAGCACUCACAGCUUUGGACAUUUGUUCAGGUUGCUUAAAUCAACUCUGUUUUGUUAAGUUGAUUAUUAAAGCAUACAUGUAAUACUUAUUUUAAAUUAUUUCAGACGAUCAUUUAACCAUUCUGUAAUAAUAGUUUUCUUUAAUACAACACCCGUUUAACUUCA